AUGGGGUGCUCGCCUUACUACGCGGUGACCGGCUGUCAUCCGAUACUCCCUUUCGACAUAUCCGAAGCCACGUACCUGAUGCCCCCGCCCGAGUCGCUCGUCUCCACCACCGAACUCAUCGCGCGCCGCGCCAUCGCUCUCCAGAAGCGCCAGGAGCAGCUCGCGGCGCUACAGUCGGACGUCUAUCGCGCGCGCAUCCGCGCCGCACAGAAGUUCGAACAGGACAACGCCGCGACUAUCCGAGACUUCGACUUCAAGUCGGGGGACCUCGUCCUGAUGCGCCACACCCAAGUCGAGAAAUCCCUCAACCGCAAAAUGCGGCCCCGAUAUACGGGGCCGGUCGUAGUCGUCUCCCGAAACCGCGGCGGAGCCUACGUCAUCUGCGAACUGGACGGCACGGUCUUCCACAGACCUGUCGCGGCGUUCCGACUCAUCCCCUAUCUCCCAAGGCGCUCGAUCGCGCUCCCCGACAACUUCGCCGACAUCUCCCAGAAGCGGCUCUCGGAGCUAAUCAACUCUGACGAGGACGGGACAGAAGACCCCGACCCGGAGCUCGUCGAGAACCAAUCCGGAGACGCCGACGACGAGCUCGAUCAGCCCGACGAGUAG